AUGGCCGGCGAGCCAGCACAAGCUCAAGAAGUGCAGAUCAGUGUCGGCUGGUGUCGACUGGUCCUCUCGGGAGAAACUGUAUUGGGCAGCAGCGAGAAGCAACCUUUUCCGAUAUCCGGCAGGUACAGCAAGGCUAAGCGAAGAACUUUCACUUUCUGCCAGUUUGCCAGAACCGGGGAAAGGAAAAUGUUGUUGAAGCUGUUGUUGGUGAUCGGCUUGGUGAUCGGAAUCCGACCGGACACGACCUACAAGUAUGUGUACGACAGUCAGGUAUCGACCGGCGUACCGCAGGCGAAUUCUGAACGCAGCGGCACGCGAACCUCGUGCAACAUUAAACUGGAGGCGAAGAAGAACGACCGCAUAACGAUGACCAUCUCUAACUUCAGAGAGGGUCGUUUCAACGCCCCUGACCCACGCCCGGACAUCAUCAAGCCGAUCGACUGGUACGAGCGGACGGAACUGAGUCCUGAACAGAAGGAGGCGUUGCAGCUGCCAAUCGAGUUCUCUUACCGUAACGGAAUGAUCGACUACAUAUCGCUGGAGAAGUCGGACACGCCGACGUCGGCGAACAUCAAACGCGGUAUUCUGAGCAUGCUGCAGCUGAACAUGAUGCAAACGCAGAAGACAGACUCGAGUGAGCACUCAAACCUGAUGAACAUUCUGGAUUCUAACAAGAGGAUCAACCAACCGACGUCGUUCAGGUCGUUGGAGAACACGGUCGAGGGCGAAUGCGAGGUGUUCUACACGGUCAUACCUGAAAAGGAGCAGUUCGAGAUCCGUUCAACCAAGGUGACGAAAAGCAUAAACUUCGAACGCUGCCGACGACGACCUCAAAUCAGGUACAACUUCCGGUUUGCCGACUCAUGCCCGACUUGUGAGUCGAAAUACAACGACGACGAGAAGUACGUGAAGAGUAGCACGAUCAUCAACUACAACUUGGCCGGUAGCCCGGAAAGGUUUGUUAUCGAAAACGCCACUGCCGAAAGCCGAUACACAUUCAUUCCGCACAACGAAAAGGACAACGUCAUUGAAACGAUAUUCAUGAUCAACCUUAAGCUGGUUGACAUCGAAGACAGCCGAGAACGACCCAGCGAAAUGCGCCAGCCAGUAGACUCAUGGUCCGGAAUCAUCUACAGCAUGGAAGCUGACAAGAAACGUGAAAAAUUCAGUAUGAACUUCGAUGAGCCGAAACCGAUCUUCGACAAUAACAUGAUGCACGAAGACUCGGUCGAACGAGCUGGAAACCUUCUCAGGAAACUGUUGAGGCACAUGAACAGGAAGGUGGACGAAAUUAGCACCGAGACGUUCGCCAAGCUGGUAGAAGUGCUGAGACGUAGUACGUCGACCGAAAUCGAGCACAUCCAUAACCGGUACUACCGUGCCGACCAGUCGGCUUCACUGACCGCUGAAGAAAAGGCGCAGGCGCUGGACAUUCUACCUCAUGCGAUAGCCCAAUGUGGCACGAUCAAGUGCGUCAAGCAUGUGGUGAAGAAGACGUGCAACGGUGAGAUCCCGCCGAGCAAGGCUAACCUGGCCAUCAUGUCCAUGGUCAACAACCGCAUGGCUUCGCGUGAAAUUGUUGACCAACUGAUCGAGCUGAGCCGGUGCGACGUCACUCGCCGCGACCCGCAACUGAAAAGGACGGUCGCGCUGACCAUCGGUUCGACAAUCAACGCUAUGUGUUCGGACAACGAGGAUAGGCUGGCGGUCGACGACGACUCGGGCAAGGAGAAACGCUGCACUCACCAGGACAAACAGCUAUACGUUGAGAAACUGGUUAAGAAACUUCGACUAGCGCAAACCUGGGAAGACAAAGUGCUGUACCUGAGAACGAUCGGCAACGCAGGCAUCGAUAUCAGCAUCUUUGAGCUAGAGAAGUUCGUGACCGGUGAAUGGAGAACGUCAUCACCGAUCAUCCGCACCGAAGCAAUACUAGCAAUGCGACAGUUGAAGGACGUGAUGCCUAAGAAGAUCGAAAACAUCUUGAUGCCGGUCGCCGCUGACCGCACCGAAAACCCGGUAGUCCGAAUGGCGGCCAUCAACAUGAUAAUCGACACUCUGCCAAAGAAGAACGUAUUGGAACAACUAAUCCGUAUCAUGAAAAUCGACCCGUCGAGACAAGUGACGAAUUUCAUUCAGACGUCGCUGAAGAGCAUUCAGGAAUCGCAACAGCCGUGCGCAAAGCAGAUGUAA